AGCCAGGUGCAAACAUUUCCUGUCAGUUGGCAGAAAACAACCUUGAAGAACCUUCCUGGGUAGCUGUUGGAGUUCAGAAAACUUAGGGAUGGAGCCUCCCAAGAUGAACCCUGUGGUGGAGCCACUGUCCUGGAUGCUGGGCACCUGGCUGUCGGACCCACCAGGGGCCGGUACCUUUCCGACACUGCAGCCCUUCCAUUACCUGGAGGAGGUACACAUCUCGCAUGUGGGCCAGCCCAUGCUCAACUUCUCGUUCAACUCCUUCCAUCCAGACACGCGCAAGCCCAUGCACAGGGAGUGCGGCUUCAUCCGCCUCAAGCCUGACACCAACAAGGUGGCCUUCAUCAGUGCACAGAACACAGGUAUUGUGGAGGUAGAGGAGGGCGAGGUGAAUGGGCAGGAGCUGUGCAUUGCAUCUCACUCCAUUGCCAGGAUCUCCUUCGCCAAGGAGCCCCAUGUGGAGCAGAUCACCCGAAAAUUCCGGCUGAAUUCUGAAGGCAAACUCGAACAGACAGUCUCCAUGGCAACCACAACACAGCCAAUGACUCAGCAUCUUCGCGUCACCUACAAGAAGGUGACCCCCUGACCCGAGCCAGCGGCAGUGCCUGCAGGCCUGGCAUGGUCACAGCAGCAGGGGUCCUGCUGCCCACAGUGGAGAGUAGUCCAGAGGUUGCUAUAAUGGCAUAGAGAAACCAAAUAAAAGGCCUUUAUUUUUAUGGCUGAGGA